AAUCACACCACGCCUUAGCUCGAGCACAUAGGCUGAUGUUUCCAUGGAGGAUGAGACGAUGGGUUGUGCAUUUCUGGUGAGAGGGAACUCAUAUCUGAUUUGUGACUUCUGUACCGGUCCUUCUUACAUUUACAGCAACUACUAGCUCCUGUCAGACAUGGAGAAAGUUGUCAUAGUAACCGGCGCUAAUAGGUAAGUACCAAAGACUUUAUAUAGAAGUACACGAAUACGCAUUUUUAAUAGUUCAUCAAGACUCGUUGGGACAAAAACACUUAUGGCGAGAUGUAAACACCCAAAACUUGGAAAUCAUCUGUAGUGUUCCUGCAGGUAUAAUGUCGACCAUAAUUGAAUAUUGACAGUUGAAAAUCGCUGUUAGUGUAUUUGUUCGUUUUAUUUUAUUUUAUGAGGUUGGUUGCACAGUAGGAAUUACCGGUCACAUAGGGCAGAGUGGGGUAAGUUGAUCCACCCCCUGUUUCUUGGAAAUGGUAAAAGAAAUUGAUCAUGUGACUAAAUAUUUAGGAGAUGGGCAUCAAUUCAUGGAGUCUGUAAAGGUUAGAAGCACAUGGGUGAAGGGGUUAGACAUUUAUUUACAAAAAAAAAAUUAUUCACUCUUGAAAGUGAAUUUAGUCUGUCAUAAGUUUUAUUAGAGUUGUGUUCAGACCAAAAAAGAUCAUUUUAAAUUUGUUUUAUACAUCAAUUGUGGAAUCUAUGAGCUAUAACAUGAGGUCAAAAACCUAACAUAAAAGUCCACCAUUUUAGCUUAGAGGACUAAUUAAGUCAUAAUAGUAGUUCUGGGGUAAGAAAGUAAAGGAGUCUGAUGAGAGGAUCAGAGUUUCAGUUCAGAUUGUUGAAAUGUGUUACUCCUUUCUUUUCAUGAAUACAGCUGUGAAUGUUCUGAAUCACAUACUCAUGUUAAAAUGGCUUUUUACAAAACAGCUUUUUAGCAGUUAUAUGCAAUAAUAAUAAAAAGAAUUAUUGUACCUGUUGAAUAGCAUAUAAUAGAUAAAAAUACACAUGGAUGUGAAGAAGUGACUGUUAUUUAGGGAGAGAAAAAGUAAAGGAGGGCUGGAGUGGAGAGUGGGGAGUAGUAGGGAUAUGGCUCGACUUACCCUGCUACUAUGGUCAAUUUAUUCCAUACUCGGGGUAAGUUGACCAUAGGAGACCACUUUUUGGCAUGCUAUAUUAACAAGACAGUUAUGUUUACACUCAUUCUGUUGGUUUGCAGGGAUUCACAACAUCUUGAAAUAUAUGCAGAUACACUAGUUAGAGACAAAACUAUGAUUGACUUGAUGUAAUGAUCCAGAAUAUGAAAAAUGGCUCAUCUUACCCCACUCUCCCCUACAUGUGUUGGCUUGUCUGUGAUUGUCUGUCUCGUCUACAGCGGUAUUGGCCUGGCUCUGUGUGAGAGGCUGCUAACUGAGGACAGCACUCUUCACCUGUGUCUGGCCUGCAGAAACAUGCAGCGGGCCGAGGCUGCUCGCUCUGCCCUCCUGACCUCUCACCCUGAUGCCCAUGUGCAGCUACUGCACUUGGAUGUGGGCUCUGUGCAAUCAGUGCUAAGUGCUGCUCAAGAGGUCAAGACCAGGUACUGAUGAUAUGAUUAAAUUAUGUCAUGACACUGUUGUGAGACUAAUGUUACAGCUCCCUGCUCUCAGCAGCUUACUAAUAACCUCACUUAUCUAAUUACACUUUGACAUUCCUUUGUAUUUUCCACAGGUACAGCAAAGUAGACUUCCUGUAUUUAAAUGCAGGAAUUAUGCCCAAUCCACAGGUGGACAUCAAUGCUUUUUUCAAGGGUCUGUUCUCCAGGUAAAUCUAUGGUCUUGUUUCUCUACUUGCCUACCCACUUCCCUCAGUGUCUCCUCAUCAUUUUGAUUUUUGUUAUUGGUCAAAUUUUGGUGGCUUUACAAGUACUCCAGUGUCCAUGCUGUAAUGUAACAGCAGUGUCCUGUCUCUCUGCAGGAAUGUGGUCAACAUGUUCGCGACAGGAGAGGGACUUUUGACUCAACAGGACCGAAUCAACUCAGAUGGUUUGCAGGAAGUUUUUGCCACUAACCUGUUUGGCCACUUUCUACUGGUACAACACAAAUUGUUUAUUUACUUUAAAUUAGAUAUAUAUUUGAGAACACAUUUAUUUUGUUUUUUUUGGAAAAGUUUAUUAAUGAGCCUCAGCUUUACAUGUUGUUGCAACUAGGUGUAUGUACUAUACGAUGUCAUUUCCCAUUUGGAUGCAUUUGCAAAUCACAUGAUAUUUUGUUGUGGUAAAACAUGGCAUGGAUAUGACCUGAUAUCAUCUUUUGAGUAACUUCAUGCAUUGAAAUCAGGAAAGUGUGCAUAAAAAAGCAAUGCAAACUUUCAUCAAUGAGAAUAAAAAUGUUUCUCUUUAAAUUUAGAUUGACAGAUGGUAAUCUUUACAUGUGGUGUCUUACAAGGCUUAAUAAGAUGGUUCUGUGUUGUACUUAAAUUCUUGUGAUUGUGUCCCUGGUCAGGCUGCUAUCUCUGUACUGUUAUCAGAUCAUAUCUGUCUGUUGAUGUCCCUGUCUCUGUGGUGUAGAUCAGGGAACUGGAGCCUCUGCUGUGUCAGGCAGGUCACUCCUCCAGGGUGGUGUGGACCUCUUCCAGUAAUGCACGCCGCUCUGCCUUCAGCAUGGAGGACAUGCAGCACAGAAAUGGGACAGAGCCCUACAGCUCCUCCAAGUAUGCAUCAGACAUGCUCAGUGUGGCACUCAACAGACACAAAAACAGCCAGGUGUGUAUGUCGCACAACCUGCACAUCACUGAGGCUGCUGUGAAUUUGACUUGAGUCUUUACAUAGUUUAUCCAUAGGCUUAUUCACCUGUUUAAGAGAACCUGCACAUGUAGAGUGUAGAGACUCCUCUUUUUACUUUAAAGAGGUGGCAAAGGAGACGAGAUUGUGAGAAGUGCACAGGUAUUUCAUGACUUAGUUGUUCUGCAAUGGAUGCAAAUUCAGGUCCGACCUGAUGUGGUUUUACUCGGAUGAACUCUAACUUGUUUAAAAAUAACUCCCUCUAUCAUAGCACUUGAGUAGCAUUGUGUAAAACACCUGUUUACUUUAUUUUUGCUUCCUUCCCUCUGUAACAGGGCCUGUUUUCCUCUGUAAUCUGUCCAGGACUGGUGAUGACUAACCUGACCUACGGUAUCCUCCCCUCCUUCUUCUGGACCCUCAUCAUGCCCAUCAUGUGGCUGGUAGUUUUCCUUCUUCUCAUACUUGUGAAUGAGACUGGAGUUUUCUACUCAGACACAGUGAAUGAACUGAACAGCUGAUUAUUUUUUUCUGAUUCCGCUACACAGGUUAGGAUCUUCACCAACACAUUCACCCUCACACCCUACAACGGAGCUGAGGCUUUGGUAUGUAGUUAGCCCUGUCUGUCAUUGUCCAUGUUUAGAUAUUUUAAAAAGUCAUGUCUGUUAUGUAAAAGUUAACUCCUUAUCUACUGUCACAGCACCGCUUGUUCCUUCAAAGUCCAGAGUCUCUGGAUCCCAGAGCAAAGUAUCACAGUUUAACUUCAGGGCUCGGCACAAACUACACUCAGCCUCGACAAGUGAGUAAACAAAGAUCAGUGACUGACAUUGUACCAAAUUUCACUAUGUGCUCAGACCAAGGGCAAAAUAAAAAAAAGAACUGAGAGGUCCAUGAAAGACUAGAAUAUUAAACAACAAAACUUGGAUCUUCUUUUUUCAAUUUUGUUGAAGUGAUUUUUGUGGUUGGGUUUAACAACUGUAAAAGUUUUGAUUUUCAUUAAACUUAUUUUAUUUUGUGCCUCUGGUGGGAGUACAACACUCAUUGCACAUGGUGAUUUAUACAAAACACACUGAAGCCUGUUCAGUUUGCCAGGUACAGUUGAAACCAGAAGUUUACAUACACUAUAUAAAAAGGUACAUAACCUUUUUUUUCUCACCGUCUAACAUUAAAUCAGAUUAAGGUUUUCCUGUUUUUGGUCAAUUAGAAUUACCAAAAUUAUUUUUAUUUGCUAAAUGCCAAAAUCAUGAGAGACAGAAUUUUUUAGACAAUUUUUUAUUGUUUUCUCGAGAGUCUAAAGUUUACAUACACUAAGAUGACUAUGCCUUUAAACAAUAUGGGAAAUUCCAGAUGGUGAUAUCAUGUCUUUUGAAGCCUCUGAUAGGUUUAUUGACAAUAUUUGAGUUAAUUAGAGACACACCUGUGGAUGUAUUUUAGGGCACACCUGAAACACACUGCUUCCUUGUAUAACAUCAUGGGAAAAAUCAAAAGAAAUCUGCCAAGAUAUCAUGAAGAGAAUUGUGGACCUACACAAGUCUGGUUCAUCCUUGAGUGCAAUUUCCAGAUGCCUGAAGGUGCCACGUUCAUCCAUUCAAACAAUUAUACGCAAGUAUAAACACGAUGGGAAUGUCCAGACAUCAUUCCGCUCAGGGAGGAGACAGGUUCCGUGUCCCAGAGAUGAACAUGCUUUGAGCCGAAAUGUGAAUAUCAACCCAAGAACAACAGCAGAAGCCCUUGUUAAGAUGCUGGCUAAAGCUGGUUAGACUGUGUCAUUAUCAACAGUGAAACAAGUCCUGUACCGACAUGGGCUGAAAGGCCACUCUUCCAGGAAGAACGGAACCUUAAAAGCCAGAUUACAGUUUGCAAAUGCACACAGGGACAAAGACCUGAAUUUCUGGAGAUAUGUCCUGUGGUCUGAUGAAAUUGAAAUGGAACUUUUUGGCCAUAAUGACCAUUGUUACAUUUGGAGGAAAAAAGGGGAAGCUUGCAAGCCUGAAAACACCAUCCCAACUGUCAAAUAUGGGGGUGGCAGCAUCAUGUUGUGGGGUUGUUUGGCAGCAGGAGGGACUGGUGCACUUCACAAAAUAGAUGGCAUCACGAGGAAAGAACAUUAUGUGGAAAUACUGAAGCAACAUCUCAAGACAUCAGCCAGGAAGUUAAAGCUUGGGCACAAAUGGGUUUUCCAAAUGGACAAUGAUCCUAAGCAUACUGCCAAACUGGUUACAAAGUGGCGUAAGGAUAACAAAGUCAAUAUUUUGAAGUGGCCAUUACAAAGUCCUGAUUUCAAUCCUAUUGAAAAUAUAUGGGCAGAACUGAAAAGUCAUGUGCAAGCAAGGCGGCCUACAAACUUGGCUCAGCUACACCAGUUCUGUCAGGAGAAAAGGGCCAAAAUUCCUGCAAACUAUUGUGAGAAGCUUGUGGAAGCAUAUCCAAAACAUUUGACCCAAGUCAUACGAUUAAAAGGCAGCUACCAAAUACUAAUGAAAUGUGUGUAAACUUUUGACUCUCGAGAAAGUAAUAAAAAAUUGUCUAAAAAAUUAUCUCUCUCAUUAUUUUGGCAUUUAGCAUAUAAAAAUAGUUUUGGUAAUCCUAACUGACCAAAAACAGGAAAAGUUUAAUCUGAUUAAUGUUAGACAGUGAGAAAAAAAGGGUUACGUGCCUUUUUAUAUAGUGUAUGUAAACUUCUGGUUUCAACUGGAUAUUCUCAGUUUGACAAAUGCUCAUAAAGGCUCCUGUUGAUUAAUAAGUAGUAAACUUCACCUUCUGUCUGAACACUUUAGAUCAGAAAUUCAACAAUCCAAAACAGAGACUGGGAUCAGUUUAGAUGCAUGUGAACUGCAUAGAAAAAAACUCUCAUAACUUUCACUUUAAAACUAUAAAUUGUGGUCUUUUGCUGGGGUUAUUGUAUUUACUGUUCUCUGUUUAUGUUUCAGAUGGACAUAGAUGAAGAAAUGUCUGAGGUCCUCUAUUCAAAGCUCAUCGAACUUGAGAAAGACGUCAGAAGAAAACUUGUUAUGAAAAAUUCUGACAAAAACACUCGUGGAUGAGGAACAGUAGUAGUGACACUUUAAAAAGUCUAUCAAUGGACCAAGUGCAAUUAAUGAUGAAAAACAAUAUAAGUGUUGGUGUUUUUUUAAUUCUUGCUGCUCAUACCAUUAAAUUUGUAUUUUACUCACAACACCCA